AUGCUGCCAGACGGCCGCUACGGCAGCCAUGGCAAUAACUUCGGUUCCAACAACGGUGGAAAUGCCCCGAACAACCGGCGCAUGUACGAAACGGGUUCAACCUCGACUAUUUCCACCAUAGGAGCAUCCAGCCAUGAAGAUCUCAUACCGAUCAACACAAGGGCCACUUACCUCAAGAGGACGACGAGACGCGAGCGCCGCCUGCUGGUGCUGCUCGUAGUUCUCGGACUGACCGCUGCGGCGCUGCUCAUCGCCCUGAUCAUCCUCGCCUGUCUCUACCUCAAGAGAAGCUAUGCCGUGCGGAUAUGUGACUCACCGGAGUGCAUCAGAUCGGCGGCGAAUCUGAAGCGCUCCAUGGACCCCACUGCGGACCCCUGCGACGACUUCUACCGCUACACGUGCGGCGGUUGGCCGAGAGACCACCCCAUACCGGGGGCGGCGUACGCACACAGCUGGUUCGACGAGCGCGCAGACCGCGUCCAGAUGGAGAUACGGGCUCAUGGAGAGGUCUUACUGCUUGUUUCAGAUUUCCUGAAGCAGAACGACAGCGAUGAAGACCCCGAGCCAGUAAGGAAGGCCAGACUGAUGUACCGCGUCUGCAUGGACACCCAGACGCUGGAGAGCCGCGGCCUGAGCCCAGCCAAGCGCGCCAUGGAGUCUGUCGGUCUGGAGCUGGAGGCUCCAGCACCACUGGGAGGGGGCGCGGUGCCCGCGCAGUCGUCGUGGUCGGCGGUGAUUGGCCGCACGCGGCGCCUACUCGCCUACGAGACGCUGUUCGGCGUCGGCGUCUACUGGGACCUCCACAACCGCUCCGUCAACACCAUCAUGCUGGGGCGGCCCGCCAGCAAGUCGCCGCUGCCCUCGCACCAGGAGCUGGAGGAGCGCAUCCGCAAGCUGUGGCGUAUGAGGGCGCGCCAGCAGGUUCGCCCAGCGGAGCCCCGGCAGUGCGGCGGCCGGCUGUGCGCCGUCGUCAGCCAGAGUCGCCGGAGGGCGGCCUCCAGGGAGGAGCUGGCCUACGUGGACUACGUGCGCGCCGCCGCCACCCACGCACACGUCUGGACCAGGGGCAGGAGCAGCGCCGCCGCGCUGGACCGAGACCUCCAGGACGAGGCCGCCUGGAGCAUCCUGGACUUCGAGCAGAGUCUGCGCAAGGCGUACUAUGAAGAAUCUACAGGCCAGGACUACAGCCUGAUGACCGUGGCAGAGCUGCAGAAUCUGACUGACGCAGCCGCCGAGAAAGGGACCACCGACGUCAGAGUGAACUGGCGCGAGUUUCUGGAGGAGGUGUUCUCCGGGGUGGAGAACGUGACCCUGCGCCUGGAUGGGCGUGACGCAGACCUGGUGGCCGUGCUCGAUGUGGACUACCUCACCUCCGUGGCCACCAUACUGGCCAAUCACAACGCCGACACCGUGUGGACGUCGCUGUGGUGGCAGGUGUUCCGCGUGCUGUCUCCGCACACGGACCGCGCCAUGCGGCAGCUCAAGCACAACUACCUGGAGGCGUCGCUGGGCAUCCAGUUCCGGCAGGCCAGGAAAGCGGCUGCAGGACAGGCUGCACAGCCACCGCUUGGGAAGGCGGCCCGGCUGAGGGGUCGACGUCCAUCAGCUCCAAAGGCGGUGGCGACUGAAGAGGGACCGCAGGCGCCGGAGCGACCACCUGGGGCGCUCCCGGAUGAAGCUGCGCGGGAGGCAUCAACGGGACGGGCUGUCGGCGUGGUAGCGGCGACGGCUGCUGUUGCUGCCCUGGGGGCGGCAGCGAAGCCCCUGCUGUGCGCCAGCGCGGUCAACCAGCUGCUGGGGAUGGUGGUGAGCUACAUGUACGUCGCAGAGCCCAGGUUCCUCAACAGCACGCGCAGGAAGGUGGAGGAAAUGAUCGAGGACAUCCAGAAGGCGUUUGAGACGCUGGUGACGCUCUCUGACUGGCUGGACCAGACCACCAAAGAGGCCACCAUCACGAAGGUCCGCGCCAUGAGCCGGCUGGUCGCCUUCCCCGACUGGCUGGCCAACAGGACCACCUUUGAGGAAUACUACCAGGAGCUGGAGAUCCAGGUGGGGGAACAUCUGGAGAAUAUGCUGGGAAUCCUGCGGUUGCAAGUCUACUCCAUGCUGUCGACUUUACGAACCACAAACAAUAACGUCAGUGCGGACUGGGCCAGCGAUCCUACAACUGUCAACGCGUACCACACAUUCCAGUCCAACGCUAUCACUAUUCCAGCAGCAAUUCUGGACUUUCCAUUCUACGACCUAGGAGUUGAGGCACUGAAUUACGGGGCCAUAGGGAGCAUCCUGGCUCACGAAGUCACUCACGGCUUUGAUGAUACAGGUCGUCAGUACGACCCGAGAGGUGAACUGGUGCCGUGGUGGACCAACAGAACAGUGGAGGCAUACAGUAACCGCACACAGUGCUACAUCAACCAGUACAGCGCCUAUGAGGUUCCGGAAGUCAACAAAAAGGUUGAUGGAGAGCAGACGCUGGACGAGAACAUCGCAGACAAUGGGGGCCUGCUGGAGGCGUUCGUAGCCUACCAGCUGUACCUCAUACGCAACCGUAAUGAGGAUGGCGUGCUGCCUGGAUUCCAGAACUUCACUCAUAACCAAAUGUUCUUCAUCGGAUAUGGAAACAUGUGGUGUACUGCGAGCACGCCGCGAGGCCUCAAGUGGGCCCUGGAGGACGAGCACGCGCCCAACCAUGUGAGGGUGCAGGGCACGCUCUCCAACCUGCCCAACUUCGCCGAGGCCUUCAGCUGUCCAAAUGGGUCGCGCAUGAACCCUAACAACCGCUGCAAGCUCUGGUAG